AACUUAGAUACAUUUAUGAUGAAGUUAAAAAAGAUAUUGAAGAAACUAAAAAUAUGAAUGAUAAAGAAAAACACAAUCAUAAUAAUAAUUUUCUUAAACGAAUGAUUCAUGAAUUUAUUACUGAUAAUGAAAAAUGUCAAAUGCAAUUAAACAAAAUUCUCCCUUAUUAUGAUUUAUAG